UGUCAGUUGUGAGUGGAACAUCGUGGGUGAUAGACGGCGGCUGCGUUUCAGUCAUGUCAGCACUGAAGUGACUGCCAUAUGAAGCUGAGAAUUCCCGUUAAUCAGACAUUGAGUUUUGUUCUCAAAAUUGACCCCAAUCAGAUACUGUAGAACAACAAAACGUCUUACAGUACGUCUCUUGGACUCGUUGAGUACCAAUGGUACAAAUGCUGGUUUCGUCUGGGAUAACGUAUGUGUGUGGCCUGUAUCUGUCGCAAUUCGGUCUUGGUAUGAUGUUGUGUGUGCGACGCAGACUGAUGCUGACAAGGUGCAGCCGCGUCAUCUCCCGUGAAAGAUGUGAUCGUUCCGCCGCAUCCCGUCAGACAUUCGAACGUGACUCUGGAGUGUCAUUACGACAUCGGUAACAGCGAGCUGUACGCGCUUAAGUGGUAUCACGACGACAUGGAGAUCUACAGAUAUGCCCCCAAUGAAGACCCCAAAGUACUAAUCAGUCCGAACGACAAAGUUGAGGUUCUGGAAUCUGAAAUGAAUCCGGAGACAAUAGUACUGAAGGAGGUAGACCUCAGUGCAGCCGGAGUUUACAAAUGCGAAGUGAACUUGGACUGGCCAGAUUUCAAGGUUGAUUUCAAAUCUAGGAAUAUGACAGUAGUUGUUAUUCCUGACGAGCAGCCCAACAUCGAGGGAGAAGUUAGUGCCCACUAUGCUGUCGGAAACAUUGUCAACCUAACUUGUAUAGCAGCCCCAUCCAUUCCUGCUGCAGCUCUAGUUUGGUUAAUAAACGACAAAGAGGCUGACGAAGAACAUCUUAUACAUUACCCAAUAGAAAAGAUUACAGAUGGUCUAUUAGUAUCAAAACUUGGCCUGAGUUUCGAGUUGGAGAAAAAAGAUUUCAUUAAUGGAGAGCUAAAGCUCAAGUGUACAGCCACGAUUGCAGCACUGUACCGAAGCUCAGACGAGCAUAGCCAGCAGGACCCUACAGCUGUUGCAACAGAAGUUCGAGAGCGCCCCACCGAAGGAAGCCUAGUAAAGACAGGAAGUGCCUCCCAGCAUGUUCUUGGACUUCCCAUGCUAGCAGCCCUUGUGCUUGCGAAUCUCUUGUGGUAGAGAUAAUAAUUAGACCUAUAAGAAUUGAUUUAUGCCUCCUGGUUGAGGCAUCUGAACUGGGAAGAUACAAAAGUCGAGAAUAAGCAUCGAAUGUUGCUGUCAUAUUUUUCUGUUGAAGUGUUUUUUAUAAAUAACGUUUUUAGUUACUUCUCAGAUACAAGUAUUCUUUCUGUUGAUUCAUGCCAGUGUUAAGUUCGUUACUUAGACUGCAAUGACACAUUCUCAGUUUAUUAUUUUUACUGACUCUAAGAAAGGUCACUGCAUUAUAAAGUAUUGCUGCAGUGUAUACAUCCAUCAUACUCGUGGCUCAGAGUAGGGUUGCUCUUGUGUUCUUAAAUAAUGUACAUUGUAGCAAUUAUACAGGUUGUAUUUAGUAGAAUUUAACCUUUCGUAACCUAAAAGAAAUUGUUUGAUCUUUGCGCAGUAGCAGACGUUUGAGUUUCCUGGUUUAAUUUAUUGGAAGGCCACAAUAUUUAGUUUAAAUACCUUAUGAAAAAAGCAUGCAAGAAUUGCAAUGGCUCUAUGUAUUUGUUUUUCUUGAGGCAUCACUAUGUAUGAGGACCAAAGUAUAUUGGUUUUCAUCUCAGCAUAAUCUAAGCUGGGUGAAUUUUGUGAUACACUGUCAUUUCUGUUGAGUUCCUUUCCAAGUGUUUUGUAAUAGUACUGGAUACACAAUGGUUAUGUACAAUAUUAUUUUCAGUAAUUUUUGUACAGUAUUGGAGACCUAUGUAGAUUUCAUUGAAGCAAACACAAUUUUUUUUUUUUCAAAUUGAGCAAUAACAAUUGCUAUUUAUUGUCCUUAUAUGAAUGUAAGAUGGUACUAUUCAGUAAAACCCUAGCGUAUGAAAGUGAGGGAGUGAUACAUUGUACUGCAGGUAAUUUUUGUAUUUUUCCUAUCCAUUUUACUCCUGGAGACAGUCCAUUUUAAAAUGCUACAUAAAUCAAAGAAAUGUAUUUCAUUCUAGAUAUUGUAAAUUGGUAUGAAGCUUGUAUAGCAUACCUUCCUUUGAUAAUCAAAUUCGUAACAGAAAUAGACAGGCAACAGGACGAUAAUGAUGAUUACACACUGUUUCAUUUAUGAAUACACGUAUUCAUAAAUGAAAAAAUUCAAUUAAGUUAUCAAAUUUCCCAAAGUCAGGUUAUUGAGCUUGAUUUUACUAAGAUAUAAGGAUAUAAUGAGAAUGAAAACAAAGAUAUCAAGAGCAAUGGCAUUGCUCCCAAAAUUAGCCUUUAUGGCUCUGCACAAAAGAUUUUCUGUCGAAAAGAAAAAUCAGGAGAAAAGGAAAAAUGAUCUGGCUUAAGUCGGCUGAGAUGACAUGAAUAAAGCAGAGAUGUAAAUAAUUUUAGUGCUGUACUGUACACAAUAACUUAUUUACCCCUAGUCCUUCUUGAAUAUAUAAUUCUACUGCUUUCAUUAUUAAAAGUCAGUGUCUGGUAAAAAUCAGUGUGCGUCUCAUUUGUGAGACGAUAUUUUCUUAGAUAUGAGCCUUGUAGUUUUGAACUGAUGUAAAAUCAUGUGUGUAUAAAUUUUGAGUACUGUACUGGAGCACAUUAAUGUUUGUGCAUAGAUUUAUGUAGCUGCUAGGACGCAGCUGUGCUUCCCCAGAAUGCCUUUUCAGGGGUGUUUCAGUGUUUAUGGUGCCAGUCCCAGUUACAAUAAAGGCAUUACACAUUUCCCCAAAGGGCAAUAUCGGUUUAGGUGUAACUGUGAAAAUGCAUCUGUUUUGUAGGAUCUCGUGUCUUAACACAGUACAUUACUGUCGGUUAUGUUCUAUUCUUUUAAGAAGUUUUAUUUUUGCCAUAAUUGCAGUACUGUACUUUUUUGCUGAAUGGUAAUUUGCAAAUGUAUUUGAAAAACAGUAUGACAUGAAAAGUUGCUGCCUUUUAAAAUGUAAGAAUAAUUUCAUUGCCAGAAAAGUUUCACUUUGCAAAAAUCUAAAAAAAAAAUCAAAUUUAAUGCAUGAAAAUCACCAUUCACUUUGUUUCCUGAAGUGCCAUCCCCUUCAAGUCUAACUUAUAACAGACAGUCAGGUUAAACCUGUAUUGAAGAAUGCAGCUGUUGCAUAUUUUGAGAUGAUCAUCUGUCAUUUUCACAUCAUCAUUACAGUCAUUAUAAUUUGCAUUGUGAUGUUGAAUGGCUGUUCUCUUUAGCAGCUUUGCCUAAAAACAACGUAAAGGAAUGAAAAUAGAAGGUGUAUAAUGUGCUGUCCUUUGUUAUAGAAGUUUUAUAAUGCAGUUGGGAUGAAACUGAAGGAGAUAAUUCUUAUUAGAAUAUGAUGCUGUAAACAUUUUCUCGGACAGGAAAGAGUUAAACUAUGGUGUGAAAACUAAUCCCCAUUAUAUCACAGCAUUCUACGUGGAUUUAUCAGUUUGAUCAUUAAAAGGAAAUGCAAAUCUGUUGGUCAUUUAGAAAGGUCUUGAAAAUGGCACUUUUGAUGUUGAACUGUUGAAAAUUUGUAACAAAGUCUGUGAAGGCAGUGGGUUGGUAAUUCAAAAUUAGUUGAUUGUAAACAGAUCCACUAAAACUCCUAUUAACUCUGGUUUGUAAAUAAUUCACCUCUGAAAGCUUUUACACAUCUCAGCCAAUCUGGAAACUUAUGGUGUGGCAUCUUAUUUUGCUCUCCAUUGGAAUGCAGUGUGCUGUGCACAAGGCUCUUUCAAGCAACUGUAAUUUGUGUUCCAUGCAAGAUGACUAAGUUCCUAAAUAAGUGAUUUUAAGUUUCUCAAAGAUGGUUUUAACAAUUUCUUUCUGUUUUAUAUGUUUAGGAAUUGUUAUUGAUUGCUUGUGGCUAAAGACCAUAUUUUAUUUAUUACCAAAUUUACGUUUUUUCUAUUCCUUUCCUUUUUUCUAAUCUUUUCAUUUUCGAGAAAGUACAAAAAGAGAAAAAAACUGUUUAAUGUUUUUAUGUUAAACAUGAACAUUCCAAAUUAUCAGGUAUGCUUAUGAAGAAAUAUGAUAUCUGUUUUAGCCACUGGAAUGUAGGUUCCUGAUGUUUGAAAAAGCUUUGUGUCACAGAUGCUUGUAUAUAGUUUUUAUGUACAAUAAUCUAAGUUCUGUAAAAUAACAUUGUAGGUUGUAUUCACUUGAGAGCUAUUUUUUAGGUGGCACUUCACUGCCCUGUGAAGUGUUCAUAUUUUCGUUUAGUUAUCAAUGAGUAAAUUAUCUUCCCAAUAAAACUUGUUGAAGGUUUAAUAUUCAGUAGAGAAUUUUUACUUUUUCUAAACAAAAUUUAACAAAUGCGAGCAUAAGAUAUAAUUUUAUUUGUUUAUCAUUGCUUAAGAAACAAAUUGUUUUGUAGCUGUGAUAAAUCCACCUGAUGAGUGGUUUUCUUCUGCAAUAAAAUAAUGGACUGAAUUAUUUGACAUAUUUCGAUUUCAAUGCAGAAUGUGAUGAUUACUGCCUUGAUCAUACUUAAAUUUCCUGCAAACUGCAAGGUGGUACGUAUUUGUAGAAUGGAAGUAAAAAGGGUUUAUUUGUCAAUUGGGGUUUGAUAAUAUCUUUGUCUUAUACUUUUAACGGCAACCCUAACCUUGACAUAAUGUUUAUGUAUUUUAUGUUUUUCAAAAUUUUUGUUGCUUAGGUUGUGACCAUAGCAUCUCCAGUGAAAUUAACCUACAAAAUUUGAACCAAAGACAGUAUAAUUUCUAUUGUAGACAUGUAAGUCAUUUGUACUGUGUAAUUGCUGUAGCCCAGUGAUAUGGGCUUUCAAAUGUAUCAGCUAGUCAGUCAAUAAACUCAAACCUUGC